CUUAAUUGCUACAAACCGUUCUUAGCAAAAGCCAGUUAAAGAAGACACGAAGAAGAAGGAGAAGAAGAAGAAGAAGAGGAAGAGGAAGAGGAAGAGGAAGAGAAAGAGGGUGAAGCAUAGGAGGGGAUUAGAAUAUGAGAAAGGAACCCGUGAGAAUCCCAAAGUCUUCGUCGUGGCCGAAGACGGUGGUGAAGAAAUGGCUCAACAUGAAGAGCGCCGAGUUUCAUUCCGAUUGCAACAGGGAGAGUUUUGGGUGGAUGCAAGAGAGGAGGAAGAGUUGCUCGGACAAGGACGGGAGCCUCCUAAUGAGAAGGGAUUUGUCAGGUGGGUGGUUGGUGGAGAGCUCUGAAAAUCUUAAACCACCCCAGUUCGGAUCCUAUUCCCCACCUCCCUCCUCCCCUCUCCCCAAAAAUCUCAGGAUGUUCGUGGGGACAUGGAACGUGGGCGGGCGCGCGCCUCACCAGGACCUCAACCUCAACCUUAGCGAUUGGCUUUUGAGCACGCCUUCCCCUGCCGACAUCUAUGUUCUCGGGUUCCAGGAGAUCGUGCCGUUGAACGCGGGGAACGUGCUCGGCGCGGAGGACAAGGGCCCCGCGUACAGGUGGCUGGCGCUGAUUCGCCGGGCCCUGAACCCCUCCCACCGAAACGGGCCCGAAGUUGCGCGAAAUUACGGAAACGCCACGGAGCAGCGGCCGAGGCUCAGCUUCUCGGAUCUGCUCACGAUGGAGGCGAGCGACGGGGCGGCGCCGAGGAAUUCGGAUCUUUCGGGCGAGGAAUCGGCGCGGGGCCGAGGUGGCGAGUACUCUUUGGCGGCGUGUAAGCAAAUGGUGGGGAUCUUCUUGUGCGUGUGGGUCCGGGAGGAGCUCGUGCCGCACGUGACCAGCCUCAAAGUCUCGUGCGUGGGGAGGGGCAUCAUGGGCUACAUGGGAAAUAAGGGAUCGAUCUCGAUUAGCAUGACCCUGCAGAGGACGACGUUCUGCUUCGUGUGCACGCACUUGGCGUCGGGGGAGAAGGACGGCGACGAGGUCCGAAGGAACUCCGACGUGGCGGAGAUCCUGAAGAGAACUAAGUUCUUACAAUCUCACCGGUUUUCGCGGCCCGCCGCGUUAUCCCCGGAGACCAUCUUAGAGCAUGACAAGAUUAUAUGGCUUGGCGAUUUGAAUUACCGCCUUGCUGCGAGUUGCAGUGACACGCAUGAAUUAUUGGAGAAGAAUGAUUGGCAAGCCUUGUUAGAGAAGGAUCAGCUCCGAAUCGAGCAAAAAGCGGGCAGAGUCUUCGCGGGGUGGGAGGAAGGGAGGAUAUAUUUCCCUCCUACCUACAAAUACCUCACGAAUUCGGACAUUUACGCCGUAAAUCCCGCUAAGUCUAGAGAGAAAAGGCGCACCCCUGCUUGGUGCGAUCGGAUACUGUGGCGGGGGAAGGGGAUGAAGCAGAUGUGGUACGUGCGCGGGGAAUCGCGCUUCUCCGACCACAGGCCCGUGCACUCCCUCUUCUCCGUGCAACUCCACCACGACCCCACCACCACCACCACCACCACCACCACCACCUCCGACGCCGACGCCGUUUCCGCAAACGCCGUUUCCCCCGCCGCAACCACCCGCCACGUCAGCAACAGCAGCAGCAGCAGCAGCAGCAACAACAACAACAAAAGCGGCUGCGGCGGAAGCAGCAGCAGCAGUAGUAGCAGCAGUAGCUGUAGCUCGUCGUGGGGGCGAGUCGAAGCUGAGGAGAUGCUCCUCCUCGCGCGGACGCAGAGCUGUUUACAAGCCUCCCGAUUCUGACCCGGAAACAUCCAAUCUAAUUUAAUUUAAUUUAAUUAAACCCUAACACACCACCACGUUUUUUUUUAAAAAAAAAAUUGUUCUUUUGAUUUUUAUUUUUUUUUUUUAUAAAAAAGAGACAGAAAAGAAGAGGAGAAGAGAAAAAGGGCGCGUGCGAAGUGGGCUUCAUCAUCUAUACGUGAAGCGGAGGAAUUUAAGCGGUGGGGGAUGCAGCUUUUGUGUUUUUUUUUUUUAAUCAUUUUUGUUUAUUAUUUUUAUUUUUUAAAGAGUGGGAGUGGAGAGGAGGGCUGAAGCGCCGUUGUGUAUUUCUUUGUUAAUUAAUUUAUACUUUUUUUAUUUCAAUUUCUUUCUUUUAGCAGUUAAUCGAUAGUGGAUCCGCCGAAAACAGAGGCAAAAAGGCUAUAUCAAUUGGGGUGCGCAAUAUACAGAGCAUUUUUAUUACAAAAGAAUAAAGCAUA